AUAUAAAAUCGAAAGGAUGAUUUCCUAGUGCGGCUACUUUUGCAUCACUUUUUAUACUCUUUAUGAUUCAAUGUGAAUUGGGAGUUUUUGGUAGCGUGUUUAGUGGUUUCAGAAUGAGACUCGAGUGUUUUGCAACUUCAUUAUAAAUUACUGUCAUCGACCAAAAAGUUGAGAAUAUAUUCAUUCGUGAUCUUUUCUUUGGUACCCUACCGUCUAUGGCCGAACUUUGAUUUUGUGGUAACUCAUUUUUUUACUGCACACACUCACUAUUCACAAGGAACACUCGAAGUUGGUGUUUUUUGUCGUUUUUGUGGCGUCGUUUCCCUGCCACUACUUCACUUAUUUACUAGUUGAAGCCUUAUCGUAAAGUUGUUCUGAGACUGAUCAGGAUGUAUGAGAAAGAGAAGUCCCUGCUGAUGGCCCACGGCUGUGCUGCGGCUACUAAUGGCCUGGCCGUGCAGAGGUCAGCGGACGGCCCUACCUGGGUGGCCUGGCCGCAUGGUAACCAGGUUUGCCUGCUGCGACUGGACGGGGACCGGGCAGAGACGCGCACCGUGGCUGGCCGGUCCAGCGACGGCGCCCACUCAGUAAUGCAGGUGCGCUGGUGCGAGCUGCGCGGCACCACCUACCUGGUGGUGGCCGCCUCCAACGGGGUGGACUUUUACGACGAGCACGGCGCCAGUCUGCUCUUCUCGUUCCCGUUCAGCCAGGAGGGCGGCGGCGGCAGCUUCACACGCGGCAUCGCCACCUUCCUUGGAAAGGCCUGUGUCGGCACCUCGGACGGCUCGCUGCUGGUGUUCCAGCGGGACGCGGCCGCCGGCGCGCCCCACCUGGCGCAGCGGGCGCGCCUGCACGCCAGUGCCAUCUGCGCUCUGGCCGGGGACGAGUGUCACCUGGUCUCGUCCGACCAAAGCGGUAACAUCGUCCAGUGGGCCGGCAAGGCGGGCGAGCUGACCAAGGUCCGCCAGAUCGACCACUACGGCUCUGCGUGCACCGGCCUGACGCUGACGGCCCAGUACGUGGUGGCCGUGUACGGCUCGGGCCACCUGCGCCUCUUCAGCCGCCAGACGGGCCAGGUGCGCGCCGAGGUCACGGCGCAUGCGCGCUGGAUCACCGGCCUGGACGUGGCUCUGGAGAGCGGCCUCCUGCUCACAGUGGCUGAAGACGCCUCCGUCAAAGUGUGAAGGUGUCGGAGGAUGGCAAGC